GCAAGUUGUCUCUCAGACUGUACAUGCAUUAAAGCUUUGCUUGGCAUUACUCAAAAGCAAAAGAAAAGCAAAGGGAAGACAUAAGAACCAGGAAAAAGAUCGGAUUGAUCUCAAAACCAUGCAAAAACUGCAAAUCUAUGUUUAUAUUUACCUGUUUAUGCUGAUUGUUGCUGGUCCAGUGGAUCUAAAUGAGAACAGUGAGCAAAAAGAAAAUGUGGAAAAAGAGGGGCUGUGUAAUGCAUGUGCCUGGAGACAAAACACUAAAUAUUCCAGAAUAGAAGCUAUAAAAAUCCAAAUUCUCAGUAAACUUCGCCUGGAAGCAGCUCCUAACAUCAGCAAAGAUACUAUAAGACAACUUUUACCCAAGGCUCCUCCACUGCGAGAACUGAUUGAUCAGUAUGAUGUCCAGAGGGAUGACAGCAGCGAUGGCUCUUUGGAAGAUGAUGAUUAUCACGCUACGACGGAAACAAUCAUUACCAUGCCUACAGAGUCUGAUUUCCUAAUGCAAGUGGAAGGAAAACCCAAAUGCUGUUUCUUUAAAUUUAGCUCUAAAAUACAGUACAAUAAAGUAGUAAAGGCCCAGCUGUGGAUCUAUCUGAGACCCGUUAAGACUCCUACCACCGUAUUUGUGCAAAUCCUGAGACUCAUCAAACCCAUGAAAGACGGUACCAGGUACACUGGAAUUCGAUCUCUGAAACUCGACAUGAGCCCAGGCACUGGUAUUUGGCAGAGCAUUGAUGUGAAGACAGUGUUGCAGAAUUGGCUCAAACAACCUGAAUCCAACUUAGGCAUUGAAAUCAAAGCUUUAGAUGAGAAUGGUCAUGAUCUGGCUGUGACCUUCCCGGGACCGGGAGAAGAUGGGCUGAAUCCCUUUUUAGAGGUCAAGGUAACAGAUACACCAAAAAGAUCCAGAAGAGAUUUUGGUCUUGACUGUGACGAACAUUCAACAGAAUCACGGUGCUGUCGCUACCCUCUGACAGUGGAUUUCGAAGCUUUUGGAUGGGACUGGAUUAUUGCACCUAAAAGAUACAAGGCCAAUUAUUGCUCUGGAGAGUGUGAAUUUGUAUUUUUACAAAAAUAUCCUCAUACUCAUUUGGUACACCAAGCAAACCCCAGAGGUUCAGCAGGCCCUUGCUGUACUCCUACAAAAAUGUCUCCCAUUAAUAUGUUAUAUUUUAAUGGCAAAGAACAAAUAAUAUAUGGGAAAAUUCCAGCCAUGGUAGUAGACCGCUGUGGGUGCUCAUGAGAUUUAUAUUAGGUUCGUAACUUCCUACACCAUGGAAGGUCUUCCCCUCAACUAUUCUGAAACUGUGAAAUUUACGUAUCAUGGGCUAUAGGCCUAGAGUAUGCCAUAUCACUUAAGCAUGGUCACAGUGUAUGAACUAAAAGAGAAUAUAUGCAAUGGUUGGCAUUUAACCAUCAAAAUGAAUCAUAUAACAGGAAAUUUUAUAAUUUCCAGAGUUGUUGAACUAGAAAGAGAUCAAAUUACACUUACGUUCAUAUGUAUUAUAAUUACAACAUAGGCAAGGAAAUGAAAGCUAUUCUCCUCACGUUCUGGUGAAUUAAAGGAGUAGCUUUAAAGUCUAUUUCUUUACAGUUUCACUUAUACUUACAGAAAAAUCUACCAUAUAUAUAGUAUUGAUAAAAUAUAGGAUUGUUACAUACCACCACCAGAACAUCCUUAUACACUUGAAUUUAUAUUGUAUGAUAGCAGACUUGGUAAGACAAAAUUCCACAAAAAUAGUGAUGGUAUAUCAUAUGCAAGUUUCCAUUCCUAUUUUGAUUGGACGAAUACUAACAAUCCAUGCCAAUGGUGCUAACACAAUAGACUGAGUGGCUGAUGUUGUCAGGUUUAUCACUAAAAAUAUUGAGUAAAAUAGUAACUUCUUCCUUUCUUCAGGUGCAUUUUCAUACACCUCCAAAUGGGGAAUGGAUUUUCUUUAAUGAAAGAAGAAUCACUUUUCCAGGGGUCAGAUUUCAAUUCUACAAUGUAAUUAGAGAAGUUGUGUAUUCUUAAAAGGCAGCCAAUUAGUGUAUAUCUGUAUCCAAACUUCAAAAUUAUAGCCUGCCUUUGUAACAUUGCAGUUUUAUGGUAAAAUAACAAAAAUGACUGAUUUUAUCAAUAUUGUGUAAAAGACUUUGAAACAAUUGCAUUUAUAUAAUGUGUAUACAAUAUUGUUUUGUAAAUAAGUGUCUCCUUUUUUAUUUACUUUGGUAUAUUUUUACACUAAGAAUAUUUCAAAUUAAGUAUUAAGGCACAAAGAUAUGUCAUGUAUCACAGAAAAGCAACUGCUUAUAUUUCAGAGCAAAUUAGCAGGUUAAAUAGUGGUCUUAAAACUCCUCAUGUUAAAGUUUAGAUGGUUAUAUUACAAUCAUUUUAUAUUUUUUGUACAUUAUUAACAUUCACUGAUGGAUUCAUGAUGGCUGUAUAAUGUGAAUGUGAAAUUUCAAUGGUUUACUGUCAUUGUAUUCAAAUCUCUACGUUCCAUUAUUUUAAUACUUAUUACUAUGCAUACCAAAAUGAUUAACAUCGUUAUCUGAAAUAAAUAAUAAACAUGGUAGCUCCACAAGAACUAUUAAUUUUAUUUUAUAAUUUGAUAAUAAAUAUAUUUCUGCCUUGAUUUACUUCUAUUUUGUAAAUUGAGAUUUUGUUAAUCAAAUAUAUUGUACUUAAAAUUAAGUGAAAUAAUUUCUUACAUCUAAUGUGUAGAAAUAAUGUAAAUUAUAUUAAACUGUUUCCACAUUUUUGAAAGA